GGACAAAGAUGGAGUUGUUGAACAACUUUUUGGAAAAUUAUAUUGUGCGUAUGUGGAUUCUGGAGAAGAUGAUAUAAUGAUUAUUUUAUGUUCGAGGAUUUGACGAGUCAAGGAUACAGGCACACUUCAAGUAAGACAUUUUUGGACUUCGACCAUUGCGCUCUGGCCAUGAAACAUAUUGGCAUGUUCCACGCGCUAUCCUAUGCAAAAAAGCACGAAGGCUGUGUCAACCAACUUGAGAAAUUCUCAAAAAAGUUUAUUUUGAAGCAAACCAAAGAAAGACUCAUCUCACUCACUGAGUUCUAUUACUUGUGUGGUAAACGCGGUGUGGAUCCAGUUAUCGAGGAGGGUAUCUGUGUUGAAGUGCUCACUGAGUUUUUAGAAAACUAUGAUGACUUUUCUAAGUUUUAUUUUGGUCUUAUUGAGCCCGUGGAACCGGAAGCUGUGGUCUGUCACGGUGAUUUUUGCAGGAAUAACAUUUUUUUCAAAUACGAUGCGAACGGGAGACCGGUCGUUAAGUUGUACGAUCUACAGACUCCGGUCUACUCGUCGCCGGUGAUCGAUUUGUCGUUUUUCUUCUUCAUGAACACCGACCAGAAACUGCGCGACGAGCACUGGGAUGAUCUGCUACUGAUCUACCGCAAUGCAGUCAGGGACACCGUACCAGGCAUCCAGGUUCCGGAUUUGGAUUUUGGACGUGUGGCCGUGUACGGUUACCUGCUCAGCAGUUUUUUCCUGCCGUCGAUGAUGAAGGAGCAAGAAAUUUCGGAUGUUGAGCAGCGAUUCGAGCAGACGCUGCAUGAACAGGCCGUCGAAGCAGCCAAGUGUGGAGGUGCCCAAGCUACUAGGGCCCUGGCUGACAUUGUAAGGCAUAUGGCUCAACGAAACUACAUCAGAUCCAACUACAGAUGAAUGACAUUCUAUUGCCAAGUAUCAGCAACGUAAAAUACAUAUCACAGUCAUGUAUUUUAUGGUCAUAUGCUGCAUACAGACUUACGCGCCACGAACACACGCAUUUCGCUUUCUAUCAGCUGAUGUUUAGCUUAUUAUACAUGUGUUUUUACAGGAACAUUGUAAUCAUAUAUAAUACAUAUAUAUGUACAGCUAUAUGUCAUAUAUACAGAACAUUGAGAUACAUUAUAUAAUACAUGAAGCAUCAGCUAAUGAACAGCGAAAUGCGCAUGUUCGUGAUGCCUAAGUCUGUACGCACCUAUAUAUUUUAAUGGUCAGUGUGCGCUCAAUAGUGAUGAUCAAUUUCCAAUUCUGAGAGCUCACUCAAGAUCAUUUCUCUAAUUUUAUACCGAGAAUCUCAAUUGAGAUCAAAAUUCAAGCCAUUCUUACCUACAUUGUAAACAUGUGUAGUGAUUGUUUCACAGAGUCAAUUCAAGUUGAAAUAACAGUAUUACAAUAAACAGUGUUAAUUUAGAGUUUAACACCACCGUUUGCAUUUAUG